AUGCGUUCGGCCGCUCUGACUCCCCUGGUCGCCCUGUUGGGUACCCUGCCGGCAGCCUCUGCCACGCCGCGCCAACACCCGUCGUAUGUGGACUGGCGCACCUUCCGAGCCAACGGCGUCAACCUAGGCGGCUGGCUGGAGCAAGAGUCCACCAUUGAUACCGCCUGGUGGGCAAAGUACUCUGGCGGUGCAUCAGACGAAUGGGGUCUGUGUUCGCACCUUGGCGCCCAGUGCGGACCCGUCCUGGAAGAGCGAUACGCUACCUUCAUUACCACAGCGGACAUUGACAAGCUCGCCCACGCCGGCGUGCAGAUGCUGCGCAUCCCCACCACCUACGCCGCCUGGAUCAAGCUGCCCGGCUCGCAGCUGUACUCCGGUCGACAGCAGGAAUACCUCCGGCGGAUUGCGGACUAUGCCAUCGAGCGGCAUGGCAUGCACAUCGUCGUGGACAUCCACUCUCUGCCCGGUGGGACCAAUGGACUGGACAUCGGCGAAGCAACGGGGCACUGGGGAUGGUGGUGGAACGAGACGGCGCUGGACUGGUCGCUUCGUGCCGUCGACGCGCUGAUCGACUUCGUGCAGACCUCGCCCCACCCAACGGCGUACACGAUCGAGCCCAUCAACGAGCCUGCCGAUAACCACGACUUCUCGGCGUUUGGAACCCCCGACGCCCUGUCGGACCACGGCGCCGACUGGCUGCUCAGGUACAUCCACGCCGUGCUCGCCCGCGCCGCGGCUGCGGCCCCCGGUCUGCCAGUGAUGUUCCAGGGCAGCUUCAAGCAUGAGGAGUACUGGUCGCCGCAUUUCGAGCGAGAGGCGAAUCUCGUCUUUGACCUGCACCACUACUACUUUCAAUACGACAACUCGACAUCGGCCAAUCUGCCCGAGUUUCUUUGUGCCGAUGCCCGCGUGAGUGCAGGUGAUGGCAAGUUCCCGACUUUUGUGGGCGAGUGGGCGAUGGAGGCUGGCGCCGCUAACUCGCUGGCGCUGCGUGGGAGGAACCUGCGUGCAGGUCUGUCGGCUUUUGAGCAUUUCACGCAGGGGAGUAGUUACUGGACGGCCAAGUUCUGGAGUAAUGCGACCGUCGUGGGCCAGGGCGAUAAGCAGGACUAUUGGAAUUACGAGGAAUUUAUUGAUGCGGGAUACCUGGAUGGGAGGGUUGUAGAGUCGGGUUAUUGCUCGGAGUGA